AUGGAACCUGCGUCCCUGACAAGUCUCCCCGAUGACUUGUUACUCGACAUUGUCGAAAACCUCGACACCACCCGAGAUGUAUCUCAUCUCGGGGGCGUCGCCAAGCGGACACAUCGUCUCGUCGAACAAGCAGGUUGGAAAACAUUUGCAAACACGAGAUUUCCGUCCUUGAAAUCCCCAUUUGACCAGGCCUUUCCGUGGUCCAAGGUUGUUGAUAAAUUCUCCUACCUUGAUCGAUGCUGGGACAAGCGUGCCCUGCAGUUCAGCAUGUACAGAGCCCAGCGACCGCCGAGGAAGAAUGCACAUGGCGCUCCCAGACAGGCGAUUGAUUUCCAUGGCCUCGUUGAUGCUCACUACGUGCCGUCUUUGGAUAAAGAGGUCGUUGCCUGGGGAGGCGGUGAGGAUCUCCAUGUACGAUGGGGUGAUGACGUGAGGCAGACGUGGAAGAGCAUCUUGGGCAAGACGACGAACUAUGCUGCAGGGACAGGCGAUGUGACGUGCUUGAAGAUUAUUGAACGGCGCGCAGGACAUCCCGAGGUGGUGGUUGGGAGGGCAAAUGGGGAUGUGCAGGUUCUUUCUGCCUCGAAGAACAAGUCCUUUGGCAGGCCGACCAAGACGGUCAUCAAGUUGGAUGAGCGGGAGGAUGCGUAUCAACAAUCUCCGUUUAGUAUCUCACCGGGACGACUGGCCGUUAAUUGCACGGAGUGGCAACCCCGUACAGAUAUGCUGGCUACCUGUCGGAGUUCAUAUCUUCACCUGUACAACAUCCCGUCUGAAAGGUGUGCCGACCCUCAAUCACUUGCAUUCUACGACAUGACCAAGGAUCGACCCUCCAAUGAGGAAUCCUACGUUCGGGAUAUCAAGUUUUUAGGAAGGGAUAAUCUUGCUGUGGCAUUGGGAGGAAGCUCCCAGCCCAUUCAGUACGGCACCAUCCGACCUACUGGUGUGGAAUUUAUGUCCGCGCCCCAUAACCCAGCUAUAUACGACAGAAAGGAGGGGAAACUUGAGCCGGCUAUGUCCUCAGAAAUAACAAACGUAUGGUCGAUACAGCCAGUCGGACACAAGGAGAGUAACAAUCUCCUGCUGAGUUCCUGGCAUGACGGAUCCUACCGACUGAUGGAUAUCAGAACACCAUCCCCCUACGACGCCAUAUACCGGGAUAGCUUUCAGCCCUAUCACGCUGGUGGCCCGUUACUAGUGUACGGAACCGAGAGAUUCGUCUCUGGCAACACCACCGCUCCAACCCUACGCUUAUUCGACUUUCGCUUCCCGAAGCCGUAUUUUCACUCUACCGCCUUGCCGUGUUCACCACACCAGCCACAACCAAGAGUUGCAUGCUCACCGCGGAGAUCAUUUGAUGAAAAGACCGCUAUUUGGAAGUGCAGACCUGGAAGUAGUAGAUGUAAUUGGCACGAGGCCAUGGAGUCUCCUUGCUUUAGACAGGACGCUACGCUUUGGUUAGGAUUUGACAUGCGGUCCAUGGAUCGGGUGUUCUCACUGGCAAAAGCAUCAGAUGCAUCGGAUAAGUUCUACGUUGGCCUUCGGGGAGCGUUUGCGGAAGCACAGUUAGUUCUGGCGGAGGAUAUCCCUACCCGAAGACAGACGAUGCAUCCGUGUCCGGAAGGAUGGCGCGCAUCGGAUAUGUCUAAUGUUUCUGUGGCGGAUACAGGGAUCGGCCUGUGUAUGAGUAGUGUGCAUGAGGGAGCGCACGGUGAGCUGCAUAAUAGCAUGCCUGAGAUGUUGUUUCAAUCUGGUAGUCAGGGUAAGAAGCCGGGAUCUCGUGUGCUGUUGGAUCCCCCGGAGGGAAGUAGAUUCGACACUGCUUGGCGGCAACAGAUGCCGUUGAGGUUUAGAGAUGGUAGGCACAGGAGGACUUAG